AUUCGGACGAUUCAAGCUGAACGCCGUGGUUGUCGUUUGGGACUCGAGACGUAGCUAAACGAGUCAGUCCCUUACUAUGGACCAUGUUCAUGGUUUCCAGAUUAACGGUUUCCAGCUGGAUAUCCAGUUUGCAGAUAAGCUACAGUUCAUCAACAUUUACCUGCAGAAAGUGUACAAUUUUUUAAGGAUCUAUAUCAUCACCCUCCUACCAUCCCUCCAACGUCCAGUUAGACCCGGUCAGCCACGGUCAACAGAUAUAGGUACUGACUAUAUAUGCCUGGAAUGGGACAAGGUCGAGAAAGACGAGGUUUCCCAUUAUGAGAUCCGAAUGAAAGUCGCUGGUGAUCAUAUUUGGUCAUCGACAAUUGUUUCUACCAAAGACAGACAACCAUUCCAUCGCUUCAACGAACUCCUACAAAACACUGGAUAUGAAUUCAUGGUGCGAGCAGUUUACUCAGAUGGCUGUGACAGCGAUUUUAGCUGCAAGAGUGCGGAAAUAACAACAGGAUGCUCAAAGGUGUGUGGGAUCCUAAAGUACUGCAAGAAGAUAAUAGAUGGGCCACCAAGCGUUUACAGACUUCCUUUAGUUGAGAUGCAGUCAUCAAAAGACGAUGAUCAAAAGACAAGAAAAUGUAGAUACGGAAACUCGACUUGUCUUCGAGAGAAAACUGUACUGAUGGUCGGCCCAAGAACAGGAGGGAAAACCACUCUUAUCAACGGACUUGUCAACCACAGUCUUGGUGUGAAAUGGGAACACGAGUACCGAUUAAAAAUUACAGAUGAACCAGAAAUUACAACUUCCAGACAGGAAUCGCCUACUGAAUGGAUCACAAGCUACAAAGUACAUCCGGUCACGACAGACACUGACUUCAUUUUGAAUAUCAUAGACGCCCCAAGCUUCCACGAAGGACCAGAAUCGUAUGAAAGAAACCAGAAUUUCCUUCAACGUCUCAAAUUCUUCCUGUCCACCAGAGGUCCCAAGGGUAUGAAUGGAACAGAUGCUGUUUGCUUCGUCAGUCAGGCCAACCCUGUCACAUUUAGCGGUAUCGACAAGGCCUUUAGCGACAUACUGGAUGGCAUUGUGUCCAUAUUUGGAGACAACAUGCAUGGGAACAUAAUUCCUAUGCUGACGUUUGCCGACGGGAAAGAGCCAUCCGUGCUUAAAAUCCUCUCAACUGUUGGAGUCCCGACACAGCGUUUCUUUGUCUUUAACAGUUCGACGCUCUUCCCACCGUACACUGAAGACGCUCUGCUUGGAAAGACUUCCUGGAAAUUAAGCUCCAGAGGAUUUGAAGGAUUUUUAAACCAUCUUUCAGACAUGAAACCCUGUCGAGCGUUGAAGACCACUCCGAAGACAACAACACAGCCCACGGAACAAGACUGGCAACAAGAAAAAAUGACACAUCUGCAGGGAAAUCGUUUGGAAAUUAACGUACAACUCAUGGAUCUCGCGACAGUGCAGACCGACAGAGAUACUGUGAAGAAGUUUGCUAUCGACAUACAACUAAACAAUUCGUUUACGUACGAUGAGGAGGUGUAUCGCCAAGAGAAGAUCCCGCUUGAACCUGGCACGCAUGUUACCAACUGUAUCGUGUGCCAUACUACAUGCCAUUAUCCGUGUGGUAUUCCGGACAACGACGGUAAAAAGAACUGUGCCGCUAUGGACGAUGGCUAUUGUACAAAAUGCCAUCAGGAAUGUGUGUGGCACGUGCACAGGAACGAUACAUUUAGGAUAGAAGGAAAGUUUGAAACAGUAACAAGAACGUAUGCUGACAUCAAAACAAAAUAUGAAUUUAAUGUGGAAGAAAAUGUGUCAACCGACGCAAUGCUCCAGGCCAUCAAACGAGCAUUUGUGUCGUUGAUGGAGGAAGUGAUCUCCCUGAUCUCAAAGACAGUUGAAACCAGCAACAGCUUACAGAAGAUUCAACAGAGCGAAAAAGAUUACAUCAAGCUUAUGAUUAACACGGAGGAACAGGAGAAGAAACCUGGAUAUAAGCAACGCUUUGAACUGCUCCGCGCCAUCCUCAAUCAUUCAGAUGUAUAUGUUAGCGACCCAAACACUUGGCUCCAAGAAAUGGGAUACAGUGAUUGGUAAAACCUAUGGACACUAAGUAUACAUGUUUACAUAACAAACACCACGUAUACUUACGGGUUUUUUUUUAUUGUGUCACACGACAUAACUGGCUAUGUAUGUACCGACACGAUCGUCGUAUCUCCCUACAAGGACUUUUCAUUGCAGUCAUUUUAGUACAUGUUAUAGGACCAUAACACGGAACAGAAUGCUGUUUUAUGCUUAUAUUUACAUUGUUCAUUUUUUUAUCAUUUAUUAGUUCACAUCGCUUUUUUAAAUUCGAAUUUCGAGGUGUUUGUUCAAGAGGUAGAACAGUUCAUGGAAUUGCUCACGGAAUGUUGCCUCGUGACUUUUCCCCGUAAAAAUAUAGUUCGUUGAAAUAAACACAAAAAAUAUAAUACUAUUUCCAUAAUUUAAUCAAUCAAUAAAUUCAAUUCACAUUUCAUAAUAGUCUUACAUAAAACGGUGAAUAUUAUUAAAUCAUGGGGAGGGUUUUUGCUUAUCCGCUUGCUAGUGCGGAGGGGAAUAGCUAUCCAGUAAUUAGUCGGUCCACUACGCCAGUGUUAUGGUCUCAUUACACAUAACUGGCCUUGGUAGUGUUAUAUAGUGGCAAUGCUAAUGUAAAUAUAUGUAAAUAUCCAUCCAGUGCUGAAUAUAUGUCCUGAUGAUUAACACUAGUAUCCUACAAAAUGUUUACAUAUUACCAUUAGCUAGUAGUUAGGAUUUUAGGGAAAACAGUACGCCUAAUAAACAGUCCCUGAUUUCACCUCAAUUAGUUAUCAUGAUUUCUUUCCUUUUGUCUGGGUUGCCAUAUAUUCCUAUUGAUUUUUUGGAUUAAUUUAGCUUCUGUUUUUGUUAUUCUGAAAUACAUGCAGUUACAUGACGCAUGAUACCUUAAUUAUUUUAGUUAUUGUGACUUUUGUUAUAAUGUAUAAUAUUUAGUAAUGCGUGUGAUUUAAUCGUGUAGAAUAAAGCGAUUUGAUUUGAAAAGA